AUGGAUAUGUCUGACAUUAAUCUUGUUCUUGUGGCCACUCACUCGGCUUUUGUUGUACCCUACCAGAAGUAUGUGAAAAGCAUCACCAAUCAGCUACCCAUUGGGUCAAGAUUUAAAAUGAGACUCGAUAUGGAUGAUUAUCCAGAAAGAAGGUUCAGUGGUGUGGUAACUGGAAUAGGUGAUUUGGAUCACUAUAGAUGGCCUAAGUCCAAAUGGAGAUGCUUGCUGGUACACACUGCAUUUCCCUUGACAUAA